AUGGUAUAUAAGCAUCUAGUUCUUGUGCUCUUCAUUCAGUUCGACUCCAUCUUCCAACGGUCAUGAUUUCGAAAUUAGUGCUCUGUGGCGCGAUCGCCGCCGUGGCAUCACUGCCCCAAAGCCCGUCUACCUCCUACGGGACUCCUAAUGUGGGAUCUGGAGGAGGCUUCGGUGGCAGCGGGUUUGGAGGUUCCUCGGGAAGUGGAGGUUUCGGAGGAGCUGGCAGUGGCUUCGGAGGAGCUGGCAGUGGCUUCGGAGGAGCUGGCAGUGGCUUCGGAGGAGCGGGCAGUGGUUUAGGAGGAGCUGGUACUGGCUUCGGAGGAGGAUCAGGCUUUGGAGGAGGAGCUGGCAGUGGUUUUGGAGGAUCAGGCAGCGGGUUCGGUGGUUCAUCCCGCGGCUCAUCAGGAGGAUUUAGAGGUUCAUCGGCAGGAUCUAGAGGAUCAUCUGGAGUAGGCUUUGGAGGCUCAUCCACAGGAGGAUUCGGAGGCAGUGGCGCUGGAGGCGCUGGAGCUGGAAGGUACAGCGGGUCCUCUGGGCCUGUGAUUCCCAUCCUCAGAGACGAUCGCCAAGGGCCCGAUGAGUUCGGAAACUACAACUUCAACUUCGAAACUGGCAAUGGCAUCAGUCGACAGGAACAGGGUGCCCCUCAGGGACCAACUGGCGCCGUGGCCUCUCAAGGAGCAUGGUCAUUCACUUUCCCUGACGGCACUCCAGCUAACUUCAAUUUCGUUGCUGACGAGAAUGGUUACCGUGUGGAGUCCGACCUGCUGCCCACUCCCCCUCCCCUCCCCCCGCACGCCAUCGCCCAGAUCGAGAAGGCUCGUCAGGAGGACGCCGCCGCUGCUGCUUCCGGUGGGCGAGGUGGUUACAGUGGCCAGUCAGGUUCCGGUUCCGGACAGUUCUCAGGAUCUGGCCAAUCAGGUUUUGGUUCCGGACAGUUCUCAGGAUCUGGCCAGUCAGGCUUUGGUUCCGGACAGUUCUCAGGAUCUGGCCAGUCAGGCUUUGGUUCCGGUCAGUUCUCAGGAGCUGGCCGACCAAGUUCUGGAUCUGGCCAGUUCUCAGGCUCCGGCCAAUCAGGAUUUGGUUCUGGUCAGUUCUCAGGUGCUGGCCGACCAGGUUCUGGCCAAUCAGGCUUUGGUUCAGGCCAGCAGUUCACAGGUGCUGGCUCCUCCCAAGCUCCAAGCAGGUCAUAUGGGUAUCCAUAAGCAACCUUAACUAUGCGGCCGACACGAUAUCUUUGCUAAAAUAAUCCUAUACGUGAACUUUACAAAUGUUAUUCAACUGACGACGGAUGCGAGUCCUGGAAGAUAUUUUUAUGGUGCCACGUUGUUACCUGAACAGUACGCUUAUUAAUAUUAUGAUAAUAAACUUGAAUGUCA